AUUUUACAGAAAAAAUCAAGAACUACAAGGACAUCGCAAGUCCAAUUAACAAAAAUGCUUGACUUUUUUAACAUCAAUAAAAGUCUUGCGGAAGGCAAAAUUCAAUCCCUACAUGGGAAAGACGAAUCUAAAAAGAAGUGGACAGAAUUAUCAAAUGAACUGAAUUGCUUGCACGGAGCAACAAAAACGGUGGAACAGUGGCAAGUGGUUUGGAGGGUCUUAAAAAGUCGCACUUCAAUAAAAGCGAAGGAUUUUCGAAAGGCGAAAGCUUUAACUGGGAAUAAAGCUAUUACAUCGGAACUAACGGAUCUCGUAUUGCGAGUAAUAGGAAUAAUAGGAGCGAAAUAUGUCGAAGGAAGCAAAAGUUGUGCUGAAAAUAUCCCCGAAGAGGAGAAUUUGAUAGAAAAACUGGAACAAGGAAAUGAUGAAGUUUUAACCGCAAUUCCACAAGUCAUCAGCAUUUGUCCAGAUAUACCGCAAGAAAUAUCUUAAGACUCAGAAAAUGCUAAUUUCUUCGAUAACUACCAUAAUAACAACGAUGAGAUUCUGAAUGACAAUUGUUCACUACUAAGUAAUGCAUUAGAAGAUAAUACAAUUAUUGAAAUUGGAGAUAGUGAUGAUACUCCAAAUUCCGUU